CCGCCCCAAGUUAGAUUAUAGAAGGUGAUAUAGUACUAAGAGGGACAGGACAAGCUAUGCUAAGAUUUUUAUCAAAAAAAGCAAGCCUGAGUUUUUCUCGAAGCUUUACCACAAAGGCAGACUCCAGAAUACUUAAAAAGUACUCUGUCGGUUCCAACAUACAUGGAUAUACUGUCCAAAGGGCAGAGCACAUACCAGAAUUUAAUCUGGUAGCUGUCGCAUUAGAGCACGAAAAAACGGGAUCAAAACAUCUUCAUAUUGAUCGUCCUGACGACAAUAAUGUUUUCGGUAUCAUUUUCAAGACAAACACCCCAAACGAUACUGGUUUGCCUCACAUCUUAGAACAUACGACCCUAUGUGGCUCGGAAAAAUACCCAGUAAGAGAUCCCUUUUUCAAGAUGUUGAACAGGAGCUUGUCCAACUUCAUGAAUGCGAUGACAGGCCAUGAUUAUACUUUUUAUCCUUUCGCCACUACCAAUGUUAAAGAUUUUAACAACUUGAUGGAUAUUUAUUUGGACGCCACCUUGCAUCCGCUAUUGACAUCUGAAGACUUUUAUCAGGAGGGUUGGAGAUUGGAAAAUGAAGUCACAAAAGACAAAUUUUCUCCUCUUGUUUUCAAAGGUGUUGUUUACAAUGAGAUGAAAGGACAAGUCUCUGAUUCAUCUUACUACUUUUGGAUAAAGUUUCAAGAAUCGAUUUAUCCCUCUUUGCAUAACUCAGGGGGUGAUCCUUCUCAAAUAACAAAACUUGACCAUGGAGACUUAAUCGAUUUUCACUCAGCAUGCUAUCACCCCUCGAAUUCGAGAACCUUCACAUAUGGUAAUAUUCCCUUGAAUGAUCAUCUUAAAAAACUUGACGAUGCCUUUGUUCCUUUCGGAAAGAGAGUAUCGCACAAUGUUUUAAGACAGCCAGUUGACUACACAGAAAAUGUAGAUCUUGUCGUGAAAGGUCCACUUGACCCGAUGUUACCUCCAAAUGCACAAUACAAGACAUCUUUAACAUGGAAAGCUGGUUCCCCGACUGAAAUUUACGAAACAUUUCUAUUGAAAAUGGUAUCUUCGCUACUCACAGAUGGGCAUUCUUCUCCAUUAUACCAAGGAUUAAUUGAAACAGGUUUGGGAACUGAUUUUUCAGUGAACUCUGGCGCCGAUUCUAUCACUGCUUCCAACUUUUUUACGGUUGGGUUAAAUGGUUUAAUUAAAGAAAAUUCAGACAAGCUCGAAGAAAAAGUCAUUGCGAUCUUGCAGAAGGUGAAGGAAGAGGGUUUCUCUGACAUUAAAAUCAAGGCCCUCAUUCAUCAACUUGAGUUAAGUAGAAAAGUCGAAAAUGCCUCUUUUGGUUUGAAUGUUUUGAGUUCUUUGGUUUCGAAUUGGGUUAGCAAUGUUGAUCCAAUCAAUUCAUUGAAAUGGGAUGAUAUUGUGCUGAAAUUUAAGGACGAUUACAGUAAAAGAGGCGACUUUAUAUUCAAGGACCUCAUAGAAAAGCAUUUUUUAACAAAGCCAUACUUUAAGUACACCAUGAAACCAGAUGAAAACUUUUCUAAACUUGUUGCACAGGAAGAGAAGGAAAGGCUCAAAUCCAAGGUGGAAAAGCUCACAGAAGAGGAUAGAGAGGUGGUUUACAAUAGAGGCAUCAAGCUACUUGAGAAACAAGAAGAGAAAGAGGAUUUGUCGUGUUUGCCAACUGUUAAUGUGAGUGAUAUAUCUAGGGAAGUACCAUUUUUGAGAAUAAACAACAAGUAUGAGCAAGGUAUCCCAAUUCAGUCAAGGCUUUCGCCCAAAACCAAUGGUUUGUCUUACUUUCGCGGUCUUAAGUGCAUAAAAGCGUCGGAGUUGAAUCAAGAUUUAAUCAGUUAUCUACCCUUGUUUUCGAGUUGCCUAACUAACCUUGGUACAAACAGCAAAACAAUGGCAGACCUUGAAGAUGAAAUAAAACUAACCACAGGAGGAUUAUCUUCAAGUUUUUUCACUCAUGCAUCCCCGUAUGAUACUAAUGAGGUAUACCUUAAGUUCAGUUUGAGUAGUGUAUGUUUGGACUCAGAAUUCGGUAAAAUGCUGUCAUUAUGGCAACAGAUUCUACUUGACACAAACUUCAAGAACAUUUCCAAGUUGAGCACAUUGAUCAAAUCUUCUACAGCAGACAGUUUGAGUGAUAUCGUAAGUGGUGGUCACAGCUAUGCACGAUCCGCCGCUUCCUCUAAGGUUUCACCUGUCGGUAAUAUACAAGAGUUACUGGGUGGAAUUCACAGCAUAAAAUUCAUGAAUGAGCUUGCAGUUUUUGAGACUGAAGGCAGUUUGGCUGAAAAUGUAGUCCCAAAGUUAGAAAAAAUCAAAGAGAUUUUGCUGAGCGGUUCAGGGUUGCAAUAUAGUGUGACAACCUCAAAAGAUGUCAUCAGGGCUCAGGAAUCCCAAGUUUUAAAGUUCAACGAUCAGCUGAAUUUUAUGGGUUCCUUUGAAAAAAAACCUUAUGAGUUUGAGGUUCCAUCAGGUGUAAUUUUGAAAAACCAGUUCAUAAAAAUUCCUUCACACGUCAGUUUCUCGUCAACUGCGUUAUGUGCUCCUUCAUACAGCUCGAAAGAGUCUGCAUCUCUCCAGAUAUUGUCCCAGCUAUUGACAUUUCGUUACUUACAUGGUGAAAUCCGUGAGAAAGGUGGUGCGUAUGGUGCGGGGGCCAGUUUAGACUCGUUAAAUGGCUUAUUUUCUUUCUAUUCGUACAGAGAUCCUAAACCGUUAAAUACAAUGAAUAUUUUUGACCAAGCUGUUUCUGCUACAUCCAGCAACAUAAGAAAGAACCAGAUAACUGAAGAAGAUUUAGAACAAGCAAAACUCACCAUCUUUCAACGUAUUGAAGCACCAAAAAGUGUUAGAGAUGAUGGCAUGAGCCUUUUCAAUUACGACAUUGAUGAUGAUUUGAAACAGGAGCGUAGAAUUGAUCUUCUAGACUGUUCAUUGGACGAUGUAUUGGAAGCUGGUGAUAGAUACUUUUCAGAGAGCUCCUCCAAAAGCCGUGUCGUUAUAGGACACGACACUAGUGAGAUAGAAAAGUCAUCUGAUUGGGUUGUUGAGGAGCUUAAUUGAGGCGAAAGGUUUUUGGUAAAUAUUGAUGUUUUUAUAAAGUUUGUACAUAAACAUUAAAACUUUAAAGCUCGCUG